AUGGCAAACUGGAAUGCCUGGAACCCCUUUAGCCACCGCGAGUCUCACUCCUCCGGCUCCAUCCUCACCUACAAACUCCUCACCCUCAUAUCCUGGCUCCUCUCCGUCGUCGUCUCCGUCUACUAUGUCGUCAACGAGCCCAAGGACGGCCACACCAUCCGCCGCCGCAUCUGGGACCAGAACAACCUCUACCGCACCGCCUUCACCAUGAACCCCAUCCUCGGCGAUGUCUACUGGGUCGUCCUCUUCAUCAUGCAGUUCGGCUACAUCACCCACCUCUUCUCCCGCGUCCCCGAGACCGUCAACUGGGCCGCCAGCGUCGGCAGCCACUUCAUCCUCAACAACCUCUUCCACUUUGCCUUUGUCAUGCUCUUUGUGCGCUCGCACUUUAUCUGGGCCGAGAUUAUUCUCGUCCUCAACUUUUUCAACUUGUCGGUGUUGUAUUUCCGCCAUAAUACGUCCCCGCGUUUCAUUCAUGCGCCGGUUGCGUCGGGACCGUUGGCCUGGACGUUUGUGGCCAUUUAUUGGAAUGGUGCAUUUAUGGUGUACCAUCCGCAUAAUCUGGUGGCUAGGAUCUUUGGAAAUAUCUUUAUUUGGUCCAUUUUGGCGUAUGGCAUGUUUUUUAUUGUCACUUUCAAGGACUACACCAUGGGCUUUUGGCUCAGCAUCCUGGCUGCGGCCAUUGGAGUCGCCCAGUUUGAGCGCCAGGUCAUUGCUCUGCAGUGGAUCUUUGCCUUCAUCAUCAUGGCGCUCCUGUUCAUUUCUACUGUGACGAUUGCGGUGCCCGCUUGGACGGGCAGAGACCACUUCUGGCGUCGUUCGGCGCCGCCUGCGGAUGCCGAGCGGGCUCCUCUUCUCAAUGAGUAA